AUGCACACGUUCCACGCCGUCCGCUGCGCCUUCUACCAGCUGCUGGUGGCCGCGCUGAUGCUGGUGGCCAUGCUGCAGCUCCUCUACCUGUCGCUGCUGUCCGGGCUGCACGGGCAGGAGGAGCAGGAGCAGUAUCUGGAGUACUUCCCGCCGUCCCCGCGGUCCGUGGACCAGGUCAAGGCGCAGCUCCGCGCCGCGCUGGCCUCCGGGGGCGUCCUGGACGCCAGCGGCGACUACCGCGUCUACCGGGGCCUCCUGAAGACCACCAUGGACUCCGACGACGUGGUCCUGGCCACGCACGCCAGCGUGGACAACCUGCUGCACCUGCCCGCCCUGCUGGAGCGCUGGGAGGGCCCGCUGGCCGUGGCGGUGUUCGCAGCCACCAAGGAGGAGGCGCAGCUGGCCACGGUGCUGACCCUCGCGAUGAGCAGCCACUGCCCCGACGUCCGCGCCCGAAUGGCCAUGCACCUGGCGUGCCCCUCGCGCUACGAGGCCGCCGUGCCCGACCCCCGCGAGCCGGGCGAGUUCGCCCUGCUGCGGUCCUGCCAGCAGGUCUUCGACAAGCUGGCCAGCGUGGCUCAGCCCGGGGUCAACUACGCGCUGGGCAGCAACGUCUCCUACCCCAACAACAUGCUGAGGAACCUGGCCCGGGAGGGGGCCAACUACGCCCUGGUGGUCGAUGUGGACAUGGUGCCCAGCGAGGGGCUGUGGCGAGGCCUGCGGGAGAUGCUGGACCAGAGCGACCAGUGGGCCGGGACCGCGCUCGUGGUGCCCGCCUUCGAGAUGCGGCAGUACCGCUACCGCCUGCCCGAGAACAAGGACGAGCUGCUGAAGCUCUACCGGAUGGGCCAGGUGCGGCCCUUCUACUACGACGUGUGCAUGCCCUGCCAGGCGCCCACCGACUACUACCACUGGGCCGACCUCCCCACGGAGACCCUGCUGAGGCCUGCCUACGAGGUGCCCUGGCGGGACCCCUGGGAACCCUUCUACAUGGCCGGAGGCAAGGUUCCCGCCUUCGACGAGCGCUUCCGGCAGUACGGCUUCAACCGCAUCAGCCAGGCCUGUGAGCUGCACGUGGCGGGAUUUGUUUUCAAGGUGCUGAACGAAGGUUUCCUGAUUCAUAAGGGCUUCAAAGAUCCCAAGGAGUUCCACCCCCAAAAGGAAGCCGAAAACCAGCACAAUAAGCUGCUUUACCGCCAGUUCAAACAGGAGUUGAAGGCCAAGUACCCCGACUCGACCCGACAUUGCUGA